AGCAUGAGGAGGACGAGCGGCCGCUGGAUUCUCGCGCCGCGAGAUUCGUGGAGUUUCUCUCUCUACGGAACCACGCUCGCUCGGUGAGCGCUUACGUCGCUGACGUUGACCGAUCCUCUCAUCGCUUAGCGAAUGAUCUCGAGGAUGUCGAGCGCCGUGUUGGUUGGCUCGAGUCGCCUCAGGCGAUGCAACAGCGGGUCGCGGACCUUGAGCGUCAAGUUGCUCAACUGCAGGGUCAAUUUGACCUGUUGGUCCGGAUGCAGCCGUACGGCUCUCAUCCUGUGGCAAUGCCACCCCCGAUGACUCUACCGCCCGCUGCCUUGCAGCCUCCCAUGGCUAUGGAGCUUCCUGCUACCCCGCAGUAUCCUGCGUACUCGAACUCUGGUGCUGGGCUUCAGCACCCUGCUGUCUCGCAGACUCCUGCUGCCUCGCAGCCCUCGUCCAACCCGGCGCUAGCGCCUCAGAGCUCACCCGAGCACGGUCCCG